CCCAAAGGAAGGGCCACUAGGCUUGAGGGAAGGCAGGACCAGACCAACGGACAGCUCAGAAAGCUCACACAGCUUUGCCUGGUCAGUAGCUCUUGGAAGGCAAAGAUUGUUCCUCAGGGGGUGGCCGUGGAGAAAACAUGAGCCAGGUAGAGGGCUCCCUGCCCGCUGCUCCGUGAAGGUGUACCACUAGGCCCGGACGCGGGCUCCACCAGCUCCUAGGACCCGCGCUGCGCCCCGGCGGGCGGUGUGGCCCUCACCGCCCAGCCACUCCCACCGCGAGGCCAGGGCGCCCCCAGCCUCGACUAUUCCCCCCUCCCCGGCUCCCGCCCCUCCCGCCGGACGCCCACGCGGCUUGGACCACGCGAGGACCCCAGCCGGCUUGCCCCCGGCCUCCGCCUCGGCGCGGCCCCCUCGCCGCCCCCGCUCCGCGCCGGGCUCGGGCCCCCUCCCCCCGCCGCCCCCGCCCCCGGGGAAGGCAGGCGCCGCGCGGAGCCCGGGCCGAUGCAGCUGAGCCGCGCCGCCGCCGCCGUUGCCGCGCCCGCGGAGCCCUCGGAGCCACUGUCCCCCGCGCCGGCCCCGGCCCCGGCCCCCCCCGGCCCCCUCCCGCGCAUCGCGGCCGCAGGGGCUCCGGCGGGGGGUCCAGGGGGGCCGGGGCGCCGCGCGGAAUCCCCAGGUGCCCGGCAGCCGGCCGUGAGCUGCCUGGGCCCUGGCGCCGGCGCCGGGAUGGACGGCCCCGGGGCCGGCGCCGCCGUGGUCGUGCGCGUCGGCAUCCCGGACCUGCAGCAGACGAAGUGCCUGCGUCUGGACCCGACCGCGCCCGUGUGGGCCGCCAAGCAGCGCGUGCUCUGCGCCCUCAACCACAGCCUCCAAGAUGCGCUCAACUAUGGGCUCUUCCAGCCGCCCUCCCGCGGCCGCGCCGGCAAGUUCCUGGAGGAGGAGCGGCUGUUGCAGGACUACCCUCCGAACCUGGACACGCCCCUGCCCUACCUGGAGUUCCGAUACAAACGGAGAGUUUAUGCCCAGAACCUCAUUGACGACAAGCAGUUUGCAAAGCUGCACACUAAGGCAAACCUAAAGAAGUUCAUGGACUAUGUCCAGCUGCACAGUACGGACAAAGUGGCCCGCCUGCUGGAUAAGGGGCUGGACCCUAAUUUUCAUGACCCUGACUCAGGAGAGUGCCCUCUGAGCCUUGCAGCACAGCUAGACAAUGCUACUGACUUGCUGAAGGUUCUACGAAACGGUGGUGCUCACCUGGACUUCCGCACCCGAGAUGGGCUAACUGCCGUCCACUGUGCCACCCGCCAGCGGAAUGCGGGAGCAUUGACGACGCUGCUGGACCUGGGAGCUUCACCUGACUACAAGGACAGCCGUGGCCUGACACCCCUGUACCACAGCGCCCUGGGGGGUGGGGAUGCCCUCUGCUGUGAGCUGCUUCUCCAUGACCAUGCACAGUUGGGGACCACUGAUGAGAAUGGUUGGCAGGAGAUCCAUCAGGCCUGCCGAUUUGGCCAUGUGCAGCACCUGGAGCACCUGCUGUUCUAUGGUGCCAACAUGGGUGCCCAGAAUGCCUCAGGGAACACAGCCCUGCAUAUCUGUGCUCUCUACAACCAGGAGAGCUGUGCUCGUGUCCUGCUUUUCCGUGGAGCCAAUAAGGAUGUCCGCAAUUACAAUAGCCAGACAGCCUUCCAGGUGGCCAUCGUCGCAGGGAACUUUGAGCUUGCAGAGGUCAUCAAGACCCACAAAGACUCAGAUGUUGUACCAUUCAGGGAAACCCCCAGCUAUGCGAAGCGGCGACGACUGGCUGGCUCCAGUGGCUUGGUCUCCCCUCGACCCCUGCAGCGCUCAGCCAGUGAUAUCAACCUGAAGGGUGAGGCACAGCCAGCAGCCUCUCCUGGGCCUUCGCUCCGCAGCCUCCCCCACCAGCUGCUGCUCCAGCGGCUACAGGAGGAGAAAGAUCGAGACCGGGAUGGUGAACAGGAGAAUGACAUCAUUGGCCCCUCAGCAGGCAGGGGCAGCCAGAGCAAAAUCAGCCCGAGCGGGCCCGGCGGCCCGGGCCCCGCGCCGGGCCCCGGCUCGGCGCCCCCCGCGUCCCCCGCGCCGCCGCCCCGGGGCCCGAAGCGGAAACUUUACAGUGCAGUCCCCGGCCGCAAGUUCAUCGCUGUGAAAGCGCACAGCCCGCAGGGCGAGGGCGAGAUCCCGCUGCACCGCGGCGAGGCCGUGAAGGUGCUGAGCAUCGGGGAGGGCGGUUUCUGGGAGGGGACCGUGAAAGGCCGUACAGGCUGGUUCCCAGCUGACUGCGUGGAGGAGGUGCAGAUGCGACAGUAUGACACACGGCCUGAAACCCGGGAGGAUCGGACGAAGAGGCUUUUCCGACACUACACAGUUGGCUCUUAUGACAGCCUCACUUCACACAGUGAUUAUGUCAUUGAUGACAAGGUGGCCAUCCUGCAGAAACGGGACCAUGAGGGCUUUGGCUUUGUGCUCCGGGGGGCCAAAGCAGAGACCCCUAUCGAGGAGUUCACACCCACACCGGCCUUCCCUGCGCUCCAGUACCUGGAGUCUGUGGAUGUGGAAGGUGUGGCCUGGAGGGCUGGGCUGCGUACUGGAGACUUCCUUAUUGAGGUGAAUGGGGUGAACGUGGUGAAGGUCGGACACAAGCAGGUGGUGGGUCUGAUCCGCCAGGGCGGCAAUCGCCUGGUCAUGAAGGUUGUGUCAGUGACUAGGAAGCCUGAAGAGGAUGGGUCUCGGCGCAGAGCUCCACCUCCUCCCAAGAGAGCCCCCAGCACCACACUGACCCUGCGCUCCAAGUCCAUGACAGCUGAACUUGAAGAACUCGCCUCCAUUCGGAGAAGAAAAGGGGAGAAGCUGGAUGAGAUCUUGGCAGCUGCUGCAGAGCCAACGCUGAGGCCGGACAUUGCAGAUGCCGACUCCAGAGCAGCUACCGUCAAGCAGCGGCCCACUAGCCGAAGGAUCACCCCUGCUGAGAUCAGUUCAUUGUUUGAGCGCCAGGGCCUCCCAGGCCCAGAGAAGUUGCCGGGCUCUCUGCGGAAGGGGAUUCCACGCACCAAGUCUGUAGGGGAGGAUGAGAAGCUGGCCUCCCUGCUGGAAGGACGCUUCCCACGGAGCUCCUCGAUGCAGGACACUGCGCGCGAGGGUCGUGGCAUCCCACCCCCGCCGCAGACUGCGCCUCCACCACCUCCUGCGCCCUACUACUUUGAUUCAGGGCCUCCUCCUGCCUUUUCGCCACCGCCCCCACCGGGUCGAGGCUAUGACACCGUGCGCUCCAGCUUCAAGCCAGGCCUGGAGGCGCGCCUGGGUGCAGGGGCCGCGGGCUUGUAUGAGCCCGGACCCCCCCUUGGCCCGCUGCCCUACCCGGAGCGGCAGAAGCGUGCGCGCUCCAUGAUCAUCUUGCAGGACUCAGCGCCCGAGGUGGGUGACGUACCCCGGCCUGCGCCCUCAGCCACGCCGCCAGAGCGCCCCAAGCGCCGGCCACGGCCGCCCGGCCCUGACAGCCCCUAUGCCAACCUGGGCGCCUUCAGUGCCAGCCUCUUCGCGCCUUCCAAGCCGCAGCGCCGCAAGAGCCCCCUGGUGAAGCAGCUGCAGGUGGAGGAUGCGCAGGAGCGCGCGGCUCUGGCCGUGGGUAGCCCUGGUCCCGGCGGCGGCAGCUUCGCCCGAGACCCCUCUCCCACGCACCGCGGGCCCCGGCAGGGGGCCCUCGACUACGGGGCAGGGGAUGGCCUGGGGCUUCCGUUUGGGGGCCCCGGCCCAGGGCAGGGCAAGGAGCGGCGGCUAGAAGAGCGACGCCGUUCCACCGUGUUCCUGUCGGUAGGCGCCAUCGAGAGCAGCCCGCCCAGCGCUGAUCUGCCGUCAUUGCAGCCCUCCCGGUCCAUUGACGAGCGCCUCCUGGGUGCUGGAGGCACCACUGGCCGAGACCUGCUACUCCCCUCCCCUGUGUCCGCACUGAAGCCAUUGGUCAGCGGCCCGAGCCUCGGACCCUCGGGCUCCACCUUCAUCCACCCGCUCACUGGCAAACCCUUGGACCCUAGUUCACCCCUGGCUCUUGCCCUGGCUGCCCGAGAGCGGGCUCUGGCCUCCCAGGCGCCCUCCCGGUCUCCUACACCUGUGCACAGCCCUGAUGCUGACCGCCCUGGACCCCUGUUUGUGGACGUACAGGCCAGAGACCCAGAGAGAGGGGCUCUUGCCUCGCCAGCCUUUUCUCCACGGAGCCCAGCCUGGAUUCCUGUGCCUGCUCGCAGGGAGGCAGAGAAAGCCCCCCGGGAGGAGCGGAAGUCACCGGAAGACAAGAAGUCCAUGAUUCUCAGCGUCUUGGACACGUCCCUGCAGCGGCCAGCUGGCCUCAUUGUUGUGCAUGCCACCAGCAAUGGGCAGGAGCCCAGCAGGCUGGGGGCUGAAGAGGAGCGGCCUGCCACCCCAGAGCGGGCCCCAGCCCCCCCUAUGCAGACAGCAGCUGUGGCAGAGUCUCUGUCUAGCCCCCGGGCCCAGCCCUCUGGCAGCACACCAGUAGACCCUGGGCCUGGCCAGGGCAGCUCAGAGGAGGAGCCAGAGCUAGUGUUUGCUGUGAACCUGCCACCUGCCCAGCUGUCCUCCAGUGAUGAGGAGACCAGGGAGGAACUAGCCAGAAUUGGGCUGGUGCCUCCCCCACAAGAGUUUGCCAAUGGAAUCUUGCUGGCCACCCCACCCCCAGGCCCGGGCCCCUCACCCACCUCGGUGCCCAGCCCGGCCUCAGGGAAGCCCAGCAGUGAGCUACCCCCUGCCCCUGAGUCUGCAGCUGAUUCUGGCGUAGAGGAGGCUGACACUCGAAGCUCCAGUGACCCACACUUGGAGACCACAAGCACCAUUUCCACCGUGUCCAGCAUGUCCACCCUGAGCUCAGAGAGCGGAGAACUCACUGACACCCACACCUCCUUCGCUGAUGGACACACUUUUCUACUCGAGAAGCCACCAGUGCCUCCCAAGCCCAAGCUCAAGUCCCCGCUGGGGAAGGGGCCGGUGACCUUCAGGGACCCACUGCUGAAGCAGUCCUCGGACAGUGAGCUCAUGGCCCAGCAGCACCAUGCCGCCUCUGCCGGGUUGGCCUCUGCCGCCGGGCCCGCCCGCCCUCGCUACCUCUUCCAGAGAAGGUCCAAGCUGUGGGGGGACCCCGUGGAGAGCCGGGGGCUCCCUGGGCCUGAAGAUGACAAACCAACUGUGAUCAGUGAGCUCAGCUCCCGCCUGCAGCAACUGAACAAAGAUACACGCUCCCUGGGGGAGGAACCAGUUGGUGGCCUGGGCAGUCUGCUGGACCCUGCCAAGAAGUCACCCAUCGCAGCAGCUCGGCUCUUCAGCAGCCUCGGUGAGCUGAGCACCAUCUCAGCGCAGCGCAGCCCCGGGGGCCCGGGCGGCGGGGCCUCCUACUCAGUGCGGCCCAGCGGCCGCUACCCUGUGGCACGCCGCGCCCCGAGCCCAGUGAAGCCCGCGUCGCUGGAGCGGGUGGAGGGGCUGGGGGCGGGCGCGGGGGGCGCGGGGCGGCCCUUCGGCCUCACGCCCCCCACCAUCCUCAAGUCGUCCAGCCUCUCCAUCCCACACGAGCCCAAGGAGGUGCGCUUCGUGGUGCGCAGCGUGAGCGCGCGCAGCCGCUCUCCGUCGCCGUCGCCGCUGCCCUCUCCCGCGCCCGGUCCCAGCCCCGGUGCCCCAGGCCCGCGUCGGCCCUUCCAGCAAAAGCCACUGCAGCUCUGGAGCAAGUUUGACGUGGGCGACUGGCUGGAGAGCAUCCACCUAGGGGAGCACCGUGACCGCUUCGAGGACCACGAGAUCGAAGGCGCGCACCUGCCAGCACUCACCAAGGAGGACUUCGUGGAGCUGGGCGUCACACGCGUGGGCCACCGCAUGAACAUCGAGCGUGCGCUCCGGCAGCUGGAGGGCAGCUGAUGCCCCUCCCUAGUCCCAUCUGGCAGAGCCCUGCCGGCAGGGCCCCCACCCGUUCCCCGGGCCGCGGGCUCGGCCUGCCCACCGCCCCCCACCCCCACACACUACCGGCGCCCCGGGCCAGGAAUGUUGCAUGAAUCGUCCUGUUUGCUGUUGCUCGGAGACUUGCCCUGUACAUUGCUUAGUGCCCUCACCUGCCGCAGAGCCCUACCCAGCACAGAGUCAGGAAGGGCGCGGACCGGACCGGGGAGGCUGGUGCGGGGAGGGGGUUGGGGCGGGGUGCUCUGGCCCGACCACCUCCUUCACAGCUCCUGGUGGCCAUUCUCCCAGAGGGAACCUAGUCCAGCAUGCGAGGUCAGGACACGCCUUGGCGACUGGGGGGGGGGGAGAGGGAGGGGGGAGUCACUGGGGUUCUCGAAGGGGACCAAGGAGCCCCCUGUUUUGCAUAUUUUAAUCCACUCUAUAUUUGGAACGAGAAAAGGAACAAAUAUCUCUGUCCGUAAUAGUUUCCCCCACCUUUCCCCUCAAGCCCUCUGAUGGUCCCUCUCCCCCUGCUCCCCCCAGUCUUCCAUCUCUGGCCCCUCACUGCCACCCCAUAAGGGACAGGGGACACUCCAGCUGGUCUGGGGUUGGCCAGGGGCCUAGGGGCCCACCCUGGGGCCCUGGCUCGGCCCUCCCCCUUGCUGAGCUAUAGUGUGCUCCACCCACCCUUCAGGUGCUGCUCUGGGGGGAGGGGCAGCAGGCAUCAUCCUGCUGGGCCAGGUGGCCUGGGAAGCCAUGGCCCUGGGGCUGGGCCCUGGUACUCCAACCCCAGCCAUCUUCCUCACAGGGUCUCUUCCGGAGUCGGGUCCAACCCCCUUCCCAUGGCCUUGGGCAGCCACAGCAGAGAAGCCUCCCUGCCUAGGACCCCAAAGUCUGUUCCUGCUCAUUCCUGCCCCGUGUGCGUGCACGUCUGUGUGCGCAUGUGAAACCAUGGGUGCAGCUGAGCGAAUGGGAACCCUGUGUGUGCCUGAUUGUGGAGUGGCCAGAAAGGACCACUCUGAACUAGUGGGGAUGUGGAAGUGGGCCCAGGGUGCAUGCAUGGGUGAGUGCCUGUGAAAGCACCAUGUCUCCUCUUCCAAAGAAAGGCUGCUCGGCUUUUGGGUCCUACUAUUUGCCCAGCCUGCCCUCCCAGAGCCUCACCCAGCCUGAGCAGGUGUCCUAGAUGAAUUCCCUGCUGCUUGGAGAGGCCCUAGGGACCUGGGACCUUUGGGUUUCUGAGGGGAUUAUGGGGGACCCCUAGAGUCAGGCUACCACAAGCCCUGUGGAGAAACAAAGAUCCCUGAGUGUGCCCCAGCCCCCUUACUGUGACUCCUCACGCUCAGCAAUGACCUGUGGGGUAGGGGGCUCUGGGACAUUUUUAAACCUAGGGUUUGGAGUCUGGACUAAGCUCCAUCCACGUCACUCACAAGUUUCUGUUUAUAUUUCUAGCUUUUUUUAAAAAAAAAUUAAAAAAAAGACAGAAAACAGAUGUUUUCGCAGCCCAGGGGCCUGGCACGCCGGUCUGUGCCUGCCCCACCCUGGCCCACUGGCCCCAUUCCCUGGGCACAGAGUCACACCCACUAACGCUCACUAACAGACCAGGUCACACACAGCAGUCACUGUAACAGACUGCCACAUACACACUCAGUCUCACACUCACCUGUGGGUUUUUGGUUCCGUUCAGUUUGGGUUUUUAACUUUACAGGGUCAGUUCCGCUUCACCCCUCCUUUUGUAUGGAGUUCCAUCCAGGGGUUUUUACCCCAGCUCCAGCCCUGAGGCCUCCUGACCCUGACGUUGUGAUACACCCCACAGAGAUCUAUGUUUCUUAUAUUAUUAUUAUUGAUAAUUAUUAUAAUAUUAUUAUGUAAUAAAUUUAUAAGAAAUUGA